AUGCCAGACCAAAACCUCGUUGCGCUGGUAGAGUUGUCGAAGAGCGCACUGCAAGCUGGUGAACAACUCUGUUUUCAAGCAAACGAUUUGUCGAACCAGGCGUCCGGGUCUGUCGUGGAUGUGUUGGCACUGGACGCGAAGGUUAAAUGGGUCACGGAGGGAGUGCUUGAGCAGUUGCGGCUCGCGGUGGGAAUCGCGAAAACCAUUGAAGAGAAGCGCGCGAGAUUGAGCAGGCAAGAAUGGGACAACGUCAGAAAGAGACACUCCGAUGCGCUGGAUAACAUUUUGGAGGCUUUAGGCGCGCAGCUCGUGCCGCCUGACUUCCACGAGCAUUUAUCUGCUUCGUCCUUAUUUGGGAGCCAACAUUCAGAGGGCGAAGAGCCAGCUGUGGUCAAUGUAUUGGAAUCCCCCCGUCAAAGUCUCUCCUCUACAGUCCGGAAAAUCAAGAGCCGUCCUGAGCGUCGCACAUGGAAAACCCUCCGCGACUUUGUCGAUGACCAAGCCAUCGAAGAUGUCCUGGAGAAGAUAGAGAACGGACGAACACACUUAGACGACAUUCUAAGCCAAACAGACGAAUACCCUGAAAUUCUUCAACGAACGACGUCUAAUAUAACAGAGAGGCUUCCCGACAUGUCCACCCUGCCUGCAAUCGACACCUUACUCUCUACUAAAGACAAUACCAUCACAGCUAUGGCCCGCCAUCUAGAGAGUCUAGCGGCACACUAUGAUCAAAUGGCAGGCGCAUUAAAUGAAGCGGAAGACGGCGAAGCAUUUGGUGAGGAAGAUCUACAGGCCAUGAAUAGAGAUACGGAAGAGCUGCCCUCUAUCAUCUCAGAACUCGAGGAAUCUUUAGCAUCGAUUAUAUCCACUCGGGACACACUUGCUGGCUUCAGUCAGUCGUCAAAAAAGAGCCUAGCACAGCUAAACGGGAUCCUUGAUGACUUGGAUGAACUCGGAGACAUUAUGACUGAGAUGUUACAGGAUCAAGAUGUCGCACAAGCCAAUUGUGAAGAGGGACUUCACCUUCUCCAGCAGCAUGUCGACACACUCGAACAUCUUCACGAACACUAUGUUGCCUAUCAGACCGCGUUCAACAAACUCCUGCUAGAAAUCGCUCGACGACGCCAGUAUCGCGAGGCCGCGGAAAAUAUUGUUCGUGGCAUGAUGUCGCAACUGGGAGCCAUGACAGAAGAGGAAUCCCAGGUCCGGGAGCGAUUCAAUUCUGAGCAUGGUGGAUAUCUACCAGAGGACCUCUGUCUUUGCAUCGGGAACUCUCCGACAAGAUGGGAGGUGCUUCCGUGGAACGGCGAAGAACCUGAAACGUUGCCCGAAAUUGAAGCAGACCUCGUUGCUCAAGCGAGAGAGCGACUGAACGCAAAUGCGAUCGUUGACAGCCCGAAUUCAUAA